UCAGUCUUUGCAUUGUCACGUGAGAGAGCCAGGAAGUGCAACACAGGUUGUGUUUAUAAAUGAGCAUAGAGCCGUAGCAAUACGAAUGAUGAUGUAAACACGUUAUUAUUGCAACAUUAAAUACGUGUCCUGGAGCGCACACUGUGGGGUUGCGGCGAUAAACUACUUUGCAGAAAGGAUGUUGCGAUGGCUUCUUGGCGGCCGAGAAGCACAGGGGCCUGUAGAGAAAACUACAGUGUUGUUCAUCGGAGAAGAACAACCGAAAAACUCUUACACGGAACUACAGGUGCUAAAAGGACACUUUGACAUGGUUCGGUUUCUGGUGCGGAUUGAUGACUUCAGGUUUGCUUCAGCCGGGGAUGAUGGGAUUGUGUUGCUCUGGAAUGUUCAGACAGGAGAGAGGCUUCAUGAGCUGCGAGGUCACAGCCAGCAGAUAACCGCCAUCACCCGGUUUCAGAAGCACAGUGCGGAAUCGAGCUGCCCCAUGAUCCUCUCUGCCUCCUCGGACAGGUCCGUCAGUCUGUGGGAUGCAGAUACUGGGAGUCGUGUCCAGACUGUGACAGACUUGCACUCGUCUGUGAAGUGCCUGCUUGUUCUGGAAAGGCUUGAUUUGUGGCUGUCUGGAGGGAAUGUCCUGUGUGUCUGGAAUAGGAACUUUGAGCUUCUUUGUAAAACAGAGGUCUUUAAUGAUGCAGGAAUCACUGCCAUCAUAGAGCUGCCUAAGAACUGCAUUGCGGCGGCGAUGGACAAAGAACUAAUCAUAUACAGACUGAAGGUGCCAGCCUCUGAAUCGGAAAGCUGGGAGAUUCAGGAGGUCAAGAGACUUUCAGACCACCAGGACAGCGUCCGGGCUUUGAUCAGCGUCAAUGACCAGGCCUUUGCAAGCGGCUCUCAUGUGGGUGAGUUGAUAGUCUGGGAUUCCCUGGACUGGACCAUUCAGUCAUAUGAACGUGUUUUCGGGGACACUGCACAGGCGGACAUUCAGUCAGAAAUCAAACUACUGUCACCCAAGCAGAAUGAAAUGUCUGUACAACACCUGACUUCCGAUGGGGAGUACAUUAUUGCUGCCAUUGGAAGUGGUAUAUACGUCUACAGCCUGCUGACAAAGAAUGUGAUUGCGUACAGGAAAACCGCGCAUGACUCGGACGUGCUGCACACCUUGAAGCUACCCAAUGGUCAGCUGAUUUCCUGUUCAGAAGAUGGGAGUGUCCGUUUCUGGGUGCUGCAGGACCUCCCUCCCCCUGCAGAGCAUGCAUCCUCAGCAUUCUUUGGCAUGUGGGGGUUUGGAAGAGCGAAUAAACAGCCGCCCAAUCAGCAAGUGAAGAAGGGGGCGGACUGCUUGGUCCUGCGCUCUCUGGAACUGACCGGGGACCUCAUCGGGCACUCUGGAGCUGUGCAGAUGUUUCUGCCUUUUAAUGACAGUGUCCUGGUGACUUGCUCUACUGACCAUCUCAUCAUGUUGUGGAAGGAUGGAGAACGGGAGUCAAGGCUGAGAAGCUUGGACUUAUUUAACAAACUGGAGCAAAAUAAAGGAUUAUGACUGUGUGUGUGUUGGUGUACUUGUCUGGUCUCCUUCAUGAUAAACGGAAGGCAAAGACUCAAAUACAGUAUUGCAGUGUGCAACUUUCAUAUGAAAUACAUUCUGUUUGGAAUUAUUUGAAAUAAUUACCACCGAUGUGUGGUUUCAUUCGCAGGUGUUCUUUUAAAUGUAGAGAAAAGCAUGUUAGCACUUCAGGUUAUGUAUUGGGAUUUUUACAGGAAUACAGAAAACAGAUGUUAGUGUUUGCUGUCUGUAUUUUAUUAGUAAAAUCCACUGCUUUAAGAGUGCGCACAGUCAGGGCAGUCUAGCCGAGAGGGUGUAUAUUCAGUUAGGAUUGUGCAGUACAGUAAAGCGUGAAAGAGUUUUCAGCCACACUCCCCAAAUACAAGUUACAUGCAGUUCUUUUAAAAAAAGGCUUGUGGAAAGCUCAACAGCACAACAGACAAAUAAUGUGUACAGUAUCCUGAUCCUCUACUUUUUAGGUAUUUUCAUAACUUAAUUUUGUUCUAUGAAGCACAUAAAUGUUUUUAAGCGUGUGGCUGACAUAGUGCAGUGAUGUUAGCAUGCAAGGUUCAGGGCAAGGGCAAUGUGAUGCAAAUGGUUAUAAAACAGUUUGGAGAAUUUACCUUUUUUAUUUUACUCUUCAGCAACACUUCAUAAGUGUCAAACAAUGUCCUGGAUAAGUUCUUCUGUGGCAUGUCAUGUGGUUAAAGGUUAUCAUGUGUGUAUGUUUUUCAUGGCUUGAAUUUUUCAAGCAAGAACUGUGUUAUAUGUAAUAUAGCAGAUAAUAAACUGUAUUUAAUUCAA